AUGAUAUUAACUGAUACACAAGUAAACUCUAUAGCUGGUGCUACAUCAGGGUUAUUGGUUAGCAUUCUUGUCAGUCCACUUGAUGUUAUUAAAACACGUUUUCAAGUAAAGCGUUUACCAAAAGGUGUAUCUGGCACACCAUUGCUAUCUGUGAUAUAUACAUUAGGUCAACGAGAAGGUUUCCGAGCAUUUUAUAAAGGUUUAGGAACAACAAUGUUGGGUUAUGCACCUAAUUGGGCAGUAUAUUUUACUGUUUAUCAAUGGUCUAAAAAACAAUUUGCUUCACAUUUAUCAUCUCUAUCAUUUGAACAUGAAAUGCUAAUAAAUUUAUUUGCAUCUGUUACUGCUGGUGCAACAUCCAAUAUGGUUAUUGCACCAAUGUGGACAAUUCGUACACGCAUGAUGACACAAUCAAAUCAUGAAGAUUAUCGAAAUUCAUUUCACGCAGCUCAAAAAAUUUAUAAAACCGAAGGAUUGUAUGCAUUAUAUCGGGGUGUUAUACCAUCUAUGAUUGGUUUGGUUCAUGUUGGUAUUCAAUUUCCUCUAUACGAAUAUUUGAAGAAAAAAUUUGCUAUUUAUUCAUCUUCUGAUGAACAUGUGUCAAUAACACAACUAAUGCUUGCAUCAAGCAUCUCAAAAUUGAUUGCUUCGUGUGUGGCAUAUCCACAUGAAACUAUUCGUAGUCGUCUGCAAGACGCUGGAUAUGCUCGACGUGUACAAUCACAAUAUUCAGCCAGUACAAAACCAUUUCGUGAAUACAAAAAUGUACGCGAUGCGGUGCAAAUAAUUGCUAGAGAAGAGGGCGUACGAGGAUUUUAUCGUGGUAUUGUGCCUACUCUAAUAAGAACAGUACCAGCAGCUGUAUUAACUUUGUUAUCUUAUGAAAAAAUGAGAGAAUUUCUUACUGAUCAUUUUGUUGAAAAAUCUCUAGAAUAUUAG